AUGAGUGUUUUGUUAUUAACAGUUUUAGCAGCAUCAAUGGUUGUGUUGCCAUUGAUGUUACCUCCACUUCCUCCUCCACCAUUGAUGCUUUUGCUCUUUCCAGUUGGAAUAAUGGCUGCUCUCAUGUUCUUGGCUCUCUCUCCCUCAGAUGCUGCUGCAAAUGUUGCCCUUUAUACUGACUAUAAGUCUAGAAAGACUGUACAAGAAACAAGCCUAGUGGAAGUUUAUUGUUAG